AUGAAAUUCCGGUUGCACUGGACACUGUGCUCCAGUGUCCUCGUCGUUUUGCUUUUGCUUCGGCGUUGUGCCGACGCUUACGAGGUGUCAGAUGACGUCAACGUCGGCGACGGAGAUCGACGUCUUCUUUUGGAGAUUGCGCGCGCGGUGAAACGAGUCAAACGGAACCCUUUUGCUCGGGAGGAGCGCGUCGGAAGCGAACGAUCUUCGUCGGAUUCGGAUCUUCGCGAGAAGGAGGUGGAUAAUGGAGACGGAGAAGAAGAAGAAGAAGAAGAAGUAGGCACGAUCCUUCAGCUCGACAAUAUCCAUUUGUAUUUUGUAGAGAACCGACACGAAGACUGAGGUAUUCCAAGGAUCCACUGACGACUAUUGCGACAAGUUCGAGCAGCAUUUCUCGUAUUUUUGUGUGGGAGAAGUGGAUCAGAGCGAUCAAAACGCUUACGUCAUCAAGAAGUUCUGUCCGAGUUAUAAGACGGCUUGCAAGCACAAGGCUGUCACGUGAGUACUUUUCCGUUUUCGAAAUAGACAAUAGUUCUUUGGAGACUUUUCUAUAUCAUCUGGGAAAACAGUUAUAACUUGAAAGCCAAACACGUUGAAGGAAAAUUGUCAACUGCAAAGUUGUUGAGCAUAAAAUUUGCCACAACUUUUUAGUUGACCACUUUUUGAAAUAGACAAUAGUACUCAAGAUAUAUGGCUCCAAAGAUAGACUAUCUUCCAGCUCUUCGGUCUCGCUGACUUCCUGGCCAACCAACCCGUUUUCCAAGUCGAUUACAGUCACUAGCCGUCCGAUUCCGUCUGCAACUCGUUCACGAUCUCGGAGUCGUUAUGAAGCGGAUUCGGAUUCCGACUCUGCUGAAGACGAGGAGAUUUACUAUACAGAGUUGCGGGUGAGCACCGUUCAUUCAAACCGCUAUAUCUCAGCUGCUGGUCGAGAUAUCAAAAAGCUGUCAACUAAUAUAUUGUUUGUCAAGAAAAUUUGUACAUUUUAUCAAUUGACAACUUGUUCAUAUCUCUGCAGGCAACUGAGAUAUCAAAGCUCAAUGUCUUAUCACAGACUGUUACAGUAUACCCUCUAUAUCUCAGUUGUCUGUGGAGAAAUCAAAAAGUUGUAAACUGAUAAAAUGGUUAUUAACAUAUUUUGUACAUGUUGUAAGUUGACAACAUUUUGAUAUCUUCACCGAGACCUGACAUAUAUAGGUUUGAAUGUACGUAACCAGUAUUCCUAGAAGCGAUACCCCUGCAAACCGGACUGUGACCGCCGGAUUUUCGCCCAUUGCACCGAAGAAUGCAAGUGCGACUACAUCUAUCCGAUCGUUCAACGAUUCUGCAACCCUCCACCGAUGCCGCUGUUCCUGAACACGUGCAGGUACCGUACCAACUUCAAUAUUGUCCCCAUCUAUCCGUUUUCAACUUCAGGUUAUGGUACCACGGAUGUCCAAAGUACGAGCGGUACCAUUACGCCUCUCAGUUCGUCUACUCGAAGGCCGAAAAAGGAAAAGUGUUACGUACGCUCUGAAUAUUGUAUCAUUUCACAAAACCCGACCUUUUUUUCAGCGGGCACACCCGAACAAAACCCGGUAAAUCCGUACAAUCUUCCGGGAGGAGGUCUCCAUCGGAAAAGGAGCCGAGCUCUGGCUUUGGCUCCGAUUCGACGGCAGAAAAGAGAAGCUGAAGCUGAGAUUGGGUUGGAGGAAGAGCUGGUGGUUCCGCCGCCGGUCCCCGACGGAUACUCGGCCGAUUCAGUUUCCGAGGCCUCCAUUGACAAGUAAACCAUUCGUGUUGCUAUUAUCGAUUCAAUAAAGUUGUGAAUUUGCAGAGAAACCGCGCUGACAGCCCCUCAAUCCCGAGCCAUCCUUCAGAAUUAUCAGGAAAGUCGCGAAAAGCGGCGAAGAGUGCGGCGGAAGAAGUUGCGAAGAAAGCGAAGACAUCGUCAGCGAUUCGACGGAUUCGAAAAAGAAACGACGACACCGACGCCCAGGGAACUGUGGAGGGCACUCAAGUGAGCCGAAAGAUCUACGCCGGGGGAGGGCCAAGGACCAUUUUGCAGACAAUUGAACGGUCUGACGUCCGGGCCCGGAGCCAUCGGACUCAAGAACUCGCCGGCGACUUUGAAGGGCGCUCAGGGCGGUCUCGACGGGCUUCUCGCCUCGGUCACUCAGCCGCAAACGGAUCGGGAGGAGACUGCGAGACAGUGGGCCGCCGUGGGUUCGUAUUAUGGAUGAGUGCAAAACGUGUCUUCUAACUAUUGUCCUAACAUUUGUACUUGUCUGUGUUCGCCCCCUAAUAAACUAUUUACACGAGUCGAACGCGUUCAAAUUCAGUCACAGAUCCGCGCCAACUGACUGAGGAUAUUGUCGGCGGUGCCACUUCGAUUGGCGAGCCAACGGAUACGGAUCGAGCACGGAGCACGGCUCGAAACGACGCUCCGGCUCAAGAAGCGCCAAGUGUCCAGGAGUCGGACUUUAACAGUAAGUGCCCAGAGACGAACACGGAAGCAUUUUUAUCUUUUUUAGAAAAUUUUUUCAUGGAAUGUGAUCAACUGACGAAAUGUAUAGCAAAGUGAACUCUGCUCAUAGAAAAAUAAUUGUAAAUUUAGCUUUUUCAUACAAAAAGUUAUUCGAGUUGUUCCGUGAAAAAAAGGGGCUAACGGAACAGCUCGAAUAACUUUUUUGUAUGAAAAGUUAAAUUUACAAUUAUUUUUCUAUGAGCAGAGUUCACUUUGCUAUACAUUUCGUCAGUUGAUCACAUUUCCUGAAAAAAUUAUCAAAAAAAAGAUAAAAAUUCUUCCGUUGAGUUCUUUCGCUCAAGUGGCCAGAAAGACGCUGAACCACUGGAAACGACUUCACAAAACGAGGUUUUUGCUGUCACGUUUUCUACACUUUUUCGCACUUUUUCUCUACUCUAUCUACAAUAUUCGUUUCUAGAAAUCCGACCGCGGAUCCGGGGACCAGCGGCGGUCGCCACUGCGAUUGUCGAAGAGGAAACGGAGCCGAACAAGAAGAGUGGAAGAGCAAAGUAAUCCAGCUGUCACUUUUUAACGUUUCGUCUGACUUCAGAGCGCACCAGGUGCCGAUCCUUCCGUCGGAUUCGUCGUACGCGGCGCGCGGCGACAGCGACGACACUUUCCGCGCGUUCGACGGACUCUCCGACAGUCGCGGACUGACUCACACGCCACGCAGCAGGUCGCCGUUCACAAAGCCCGGGCUUUGGGAGCCGAAUCCGGCGGACCCGCACUCGCGAGAUCCGGCCAACAAGUACUGGUACCAUCCGGAGUCGGUGGGCGUCGACUGGCUCAACGGACAACUUCAAUGGGGAGGGCAUUGGGCGGUGCCGGCGGCGGCGGUCGGAGGAACCGCCGGAAUGAGUGCCGUCCACUUCCCGACCAUCGGAUCCUUUCUCAACAUUCCCGACGAUUACGAUUGA